UGUAAUUUAUGUAAAGGCGGUUUUUCUGCUGCAAACCCAAAAGUCGCCGAUCAUAGCCACCUGUCGGGCAAAUUUAGGCAAACACUUUGUAAUACAUGUAAUCUGAAAUUACAAGUACCUGAAUUUGUCCCGUGCUUUUUUUAUAAUCUGUCCAACUAUGACGCUCAUUUCAUAGUGAAUGAGCUGGGUUAUGACGCGCAAAUGAUUUCCGUAAUACUUAACAGCGAAGAAAAAUGUAUUUCGUUCUCCAAGUACGUGAGUAACACCUUCUCCGUACGAUUUAUAGACACUUUUCGAUUUAUGGCGUCGAGGCUUUCGUCUCUCGCAUCAUACCUACACACAUCCGGUUUUGAGAAGUUUCGCGAAUCCAAAAAAGUAUUUAACAUCGAAGACAUGCCGCUUGUAACUCGUAAGGGAGUGUACCCGUAA